CAGAUUCUCUAAAUGGCACAUGCAGGUGUAAGGCUUUGCCGCGGGUGCCUGGACGGCUUAACUCGCCCCCAAAUAGGUAUAUUUGGGGGCCAUUUGAGCGUAUGCAUGGCGUCCGCCUCGCCGACUUGCAAACGCCAUCAACGAUAAAAACGAGAUUGCUUAAAUUAAUGAUGCCCCCUUAUUUAAUAAGAUCGUUAUCCUGACAGCCUCUUGCCUGUGCUGUUGUAUUCGAAAGGAUGAUCUGCAGAAGCUUGUUGGUGCUCGGCUUUGCGGCCUCCAGCUUUGCCCGCUCAGUGCCGCAAAGAAUUGCCCGGCAGGAACCAUCGACUACUGCAAGUGCCUCAGAUGCCCAAUCGACGAUUUGUGGAAAGAUCAUCGAUGCUGUGAACGAAGGGUAUUCAUUCUUUGCUGCCAGCGAUGCCUACGAAUGCCUCACUAGUGUGCCAUUCAACAGUGCCGUCGCUUCGCGCUUUAUCGCCUAUUGGAACGAAACUCUCCAAUUCCAGACUACUCUUGCAUACCUGAAGAACCCUCCCGAAGGGUAUCAACAGCCGGCAGUCGAUUUUGAGACCGAACUUGGGAAGAUACAACAGCGUGUCGAUGCAGGUGCAUACCGCAACCAGUAUGACUUUGAGGCAGACGUCCAGCUCCUGACGUACGCCUUGAAGGAUGGUCAUGUCAUACUGAACGCCGGCAUUCUAUCAGCCUUCUCCUUUGGCAGCCCCUACGAGAUUACCUCAGCCUCCAUCGAUGGCAAACAGGCACCAAAAAUCUACAUCACUGAUGACCUCCUCCCAGAGAAGGCAUCGCAGCCCUGGACACCGUCACCAAUCGUCACCAUCAACGGGACGGAGGUCAACGAGUUUAUCAGUACCUACGCUGCGCUAAACUCAUGGGGAUAUGUUGAGCCGCAUGCUGAAUGGAACGAUCUGAUGUCUCAUCCUACACUUGACAUUCUAGGUGGACUGACUACAUUCUCCGGUGCAGGCACAUUCUACCCGGGCGACAAUCUGACUUUCACGUACGAGAACGGCACGUCCAAGGACACCAUUUGGGUGGCGAUUUACAACGAGCCUGCCAAUGCCACAGGCCCUUUGACGACAGGUGGUGACUUCUACAACUACUUCGUGCUCGGUCUCUUGCCUGCUUCGUUUGAGCCUGUUGCCUCCCCGCUGGAAAGCUCUGGCACUGUGCAGGCUGCUCCUGGGAAUUGGUCAGAGGCAAGCUUCGGUGCCUUUCCGGAAGACCCGGACAUCGUUCAAUACGACCUCGGUGUCUAUUACACCGGUCUCGUGUCUGGAUACUUCUACAAGGACAUCUCCACGGGCGUCUUGAGCCUUCCAAGCUUUGACGGUGUCCCAGAGACACUAGGGAAUUGGACGGAUACAGUCUCUUAUUUUGUCCGCAACAUCUCUACUGCAGGUGUAGACAGGGUCGUGAUCGACCUCCAACGUAACUCUGGAGGCACUCCCCUGCUCGCAUUCACCACCUUUAAAGAAUUCUUUCCAGAUCUGUUCCCGUUUGCAGGGAGCAGAAGGCGCAGCUUUGAUGUAGCCAAUGUAAUGGGCUCAGCGACCACGGAAUGGUGGUCCUCUCUGAGCGAAGCCAACGAGACGGAAGAGUACAUAAAGUAUGACAAUGCAGCGAACGAAUGGGUCAUCACCGAUCGACUCAAUGCUGUUACUGGCAGCAAUUUCAGCAGCUGGUCCGAAUACCAGGGACCAAUCAGGGCGCAAGAUGACGAGUUCUCCCUUGUCGAGCAAUAUGACCUAGCCAACCCUACCUUUGAUACCGCUGCCUUCGAUGAGUGGAUUCCAACGUGGUAUCUACCUGAAAACAGCAUCGGGCCGUUCCUACCACGACCUGUGCAGGCGGAUCGUAUCGUCCUGCUUACUGACGGCCUUUGCGCAUCUGCCUGUGCUCUAUUUGUCGAGAUGAUGACGCAGGCAGGAGCGAAGACGGUGGUCGCUGGAGGUCGUCCAACAAAAGGGCCUAUGCAAGCCGCCAGUGGUACCCGUGGUGCCAGAUCAUACGACACAUGGACACUGGACAACGACAUGAUCUACGCACGAAGCCUUGACGAGAGCGUCGCAACGAACGUCAACGCGACAGUACCCGAGAUCAGAGAUUCCGCAAUGUUCGUCAAGUACGGCGGAUUUAAUCUUCGCGAUCAGAUCAGAAAAGAAGACACUACUCCGCUGCAAUUCAAGUAUGAAGCCGCCGACUGCCGCAUCUACUACACAGUGGACAACAUCUACAACAUGACCCGCUUGUGGCACGACGUCUCUGCUGCAGCAUUCACGGACUCUUCUCUAUGCGUGGAGGGAUCCACCGGGUUUUCCAAGACCAACAACACGAACCCCAUCGCACCGCCUCAGCCAGAUGCACAGAAGCCCGUCCUCAGCCUCAACACAACAUCAAUCGCGCAAGCCAAGUGGGAUGACGAUGACAGUGACAGCUUCCACGCAGCCGUGAAUAGCAAGGGCACACGCAACAAGGACCCUUUUCCGCUUUGCGUUCCCGUCCCGUUAACCGGCGGUCAAGGCUGUACUGACGCUGGCUCAGUAUGCAGACAGGUAUCCGUGUAUUGUACCAAGGACAAGGCGUAUAAGAACCCGUACAGGUGCGUCUCAGAAUGCCGGAACCAACCAGGGAGCAAAUGCCAUGGAUCUUGCAAACUUGACUCUCCUAGCGCGGAGAGCAAACCCGUCUACGCGAACGCAGCGGGAACUGAGUUCUCAGAGAAGCUCUCGACAGGUUACUGCUACCCUUCAGUAGGCACUAAAGCGCUCGGAUGCUCAGCGGACGGGUGAUUUUACAACUAGACGCAUAUAUAGAAUCCGAUUAUCACUGCGGACAACUUGCAUCUGAGUGAACAUAUGGUGAUCGUAUCAAAUGAAUUACUAGCUUACAAAUUCGAGAGGAGAGCCUUUUACCGCACAAACCUCAUGCCAAAGCAUUUCCUAACUCCUCUAAACUUCCUUUGUAGAUGAGUCGAGAACGCUGUAUAAACAGGACACA